UGUGCCUCGUUUUAGUUCGGUAUACACCCAAAACCCUAACGAAUUCGCGUUCUAUUCAUCCUCCAUCGUCUCCAAAAUUCUUUUCCUCUUUGAAUGCUGAAUCUUGCUUAGCGAGUUAGUUUGUGUUUAGCUUCUUAAAUUCUUUGUUUUACUCCAUCAAUUUUCAGAAAAUAUUCAAUUGCGAUUCUGCUAAAUCGCUUAGCUGUUCCUAUAUUACCAAACAUGGACAAUAUUAUGGAAGAUGAUGCAACGUACCCUCGAAAGCCCUACGUUUCGAACCGUCCUAAUUAUUCUCAUCGCCAAGAGCAUUUGAUUCGCGCUGCCCCUUAUCAUCGACCAGUGAUCAGUCGAUACGACGAGGGCGGUGAAGAUGAAGAAAUGGAUGAAUAUGAUGUAGGGAAUGACCUGGAGGACGAUAAUGGUGAUGGGGAAAAUGGUGUGAAUAUUGACAGCGAUGACGGGUUUGAGAGAAACCCGAAGAAAAGGAAAUUGCGGAAUCCGUCUGUUUCGAACUAUGAGUCGGUACCUCAUGGGAAGCUUUCACACGGGAAUCGAAGCCCAACAGAUGAAUGGACGGAGCAUGCGACGUUUGUUCUGCUGGAGGUUUGGGGGGACAAAUUUCUUCAACUUGGGAGAAAGAGCUUAAGGUCUGAGGAUUGGCAGGAUGUGGCCGAGAAGUUUUCGGAGGAGCUGAAGAUGGAGAGGACUGUGGCACAGUGUAGGAAUAUGUUGGAUAAACUGAAAAGAAGGUACAAGAAAGAGAAAGCGAAAGUGGAUGAAAUGGGGUUGAAUUCUAGUAAAUGGGCUUAUUUUAAGAAGAUGGAUAUGUUAAUGGCUUCAUCAGCGAGGCAAGAAUAUGGACUUUCCUGUGGAAUGGAUUCAGGGGAGUAUGUGUUCAUGAAUACAAGGGUUUAUUUAGAUCGAUCGAAUGGGUUGGAUGAGAUGAGGGAUAGCCCUGGGGAGUCAGAGACGUCUGAAGAUGAUUCGGAUGGGCUUCCGCCGAGGAGGACUAGGAUUGUAGAUAAUGAUGAUGGGGAAGAGUCUUCCUUUAGGGAGUUGGCGGAUUCUAUUCAGAAGUUUGGUAAAAUAUAUGAGAAAAUUGAGAAUCGAAAGAGGCGGCAGAUGAUGGAGUUAGAGAAGAUGAGAUUGGAUUUUAAUAGGGAGUUAGAGCUACAGAAGAAGCAGAUUUUGGAAAGAGCUCAGGCUGAAAUUGCCAGCUUGCAAGAAGGAGAUGAGGAGGAUUCGGACACAUCUACAGAGAAUGUUAGUGAAUGAUGUGUUGGAAUCUUAGCAAAGGUCGUACAUGUUUGGUGCAACAUUAUUGGAUGAAAAGAUCGCCUUCAAGUGAGUGUGUGACGUACAAGUUCAAGGUUUUAACCAUCUGUAUUUAUUCCUACAAUUAGGAAACUGUUUCCACGGUUUAAUAGUUUUGUAGUGUUAUGAACGGGGGACGGGGUACCUCUCAUUUUUUUGUCAUAUGUUGCGAUCACUGUUGCCCAUUUCAGCCAGAUGCUUGGUCCUUAUUAUGUCGUCAAGAAAUUGGUAGCUUGAUGCUUAUAACUUGCAAAAUUUA